AGAGGAAUGGCUACAGCCAAGCCAAAAUUGGCAUUUUGCGUUCGAGUUCGGCUCCGACCUACGUGUUUCGGCAUUGCCGGUGGAGGGGGGAAAAGUAAGUUUUGGCAUUAGCAUUGCGUCUUUGAACGCACCCCUGGGCUGCGUUCAGAGGAAUGGCUACAGCCAAGCCAAAAUUGGCAUUUUGCGUUCGAGUUUGGCUCCGACCUACGUGGUUUGGCAUUACCGGUGGAGGUGGAAAAGUAAGUUUUGGCAUAAGCACUUGCCACAGGCAUUGCCGUCUUUCAACACACCCCUGAUGUUUCACAGCGUUGCCAAAUGGAAUACAAACGACACAGAACACUGAACCUGUUCAUUGAAUUUGCUGGUACUUGUACCAGUGUGUCCAACUGCAAAAAAAUACAAAUCUAAUCUUAUCAGCUGGCAGUGGCUGGCACUGACAGUUAUAAAUUCUUUAUUUGUAUACAAAUUUUUAAUAUCUGACCUUCGAGUUAAAUUUAACGAUUAUCUUAUAAUUAAUUCUUCUAUGAUUUUCCAUACUCACAGAAAAAUGGAUCAUCGAUCACCAUUGGAAUCGUUUUUCGGGGUGAUUGGCAGCCUGCCCCAGGGACACGACAAGCCGGUAAAGCAAGCCCUUUACAAUGCCGUCGCUUUAUUUCUCCUGUUUCUUUGCGCUGCAGCCUCGCUCGGACUGUACAUGAUACUGGAACCCUUUGUCAAACCUCUGAUGUGGGCCCUUUUAGUUGGCUCAGCCCUGCACCCUUUAAAACGAUCACUGAGAGAGACAUUUCAAGGCUGGUUUCAAAUGCUGGAAGACACCAACACGCCUACUGUUUUAGGGAUUAUUUUAAUUCCUGUGAACAUAUUGAAUGACGUGUCCGAAUGUAUUGGACAAUUUUUAUGGGAUAGAUUCAAAUUGAUAUUGACUAUAGCUAUAUUGAUACCAGUGGCUGUUUUAUUGUACAUGUUUACUCCAGGAGUUGUGAUAUCGAUGUUAUGGACUGGUACUGUUUGGAUUUAUAAAUCUUUGAACUUUUUGAUUAGUAAUUCAACUUAUACUGUGAUAUCUAUUGGUACUGUUGGAUAUCUGACUCUAGUUUUCCUACUGUGGAGCCAAGAUAACAAUGUAUACUUCCAUUACGCCUCAACUGUUGUCUGGUUAUUCGGAUCAGGCUGCUUAUCCAGUCAGUUCAGUAGUUUCCAAAUGCCAAUAUUCUUAAUACUACAAAUUAUAUUUUUUGGUGGAUUCAUUUCGGAAGUGUAUGAAGCUUAUUCUAAUAUGAAUGCUGCUGGUCACCCUAUUUCUUUCACCAAACUACUAUCAAUUGCUUUCCACGAUAAACCCAUAGACUUAGAUAUAAGUGACGAGACCGAUACCGAGGAAAAAAUAGAAAAUAUCGAAACAAAUCCAUCAAAACUAGAUAACGAAGAAUCCCAAAUUCUAAGCCCAAUAGUCACAUUUGCAGAAACGCCAUCGAGUGAAUCGACAUCUCAAAAAGGCAACGGCGACGUUUCAUCUUACAACGAAACACUUGAAGAUCCUUGGAAAUUAGAACUAUUCAGUGACACCAAAGAAGCUUCGAAAAUUGAAAGCCCAGAACCAGCCGCUGGGCUUUUAAUCACGAAUCGCGGUAUACAUUUGGUGCAAACCGAUACUAAAAAACCUAGGCCUAAAUUUCAAAGGUCUUUGUCGCAGCCCCAAUUUGCUAGUAGCCGUCUUAGAAAAUCGAAUCUUUUGAAUCUUAGUCGAAAGAUAAGCUUGAAAAAUUGUAAUCGGAAGUUGGAAACCACUAGCUAUGAAAGUACUUUUUAUUUAUACUCGGUUAUGUGGUGUUGUUUGGUAAUGUUAAUUUGGAAAAAUAUCAUGUUAUUACCGUUAUUACCUAUUCCUAUAGCGUACUAUAUUAUCAAACAUGUGGGAAUUUAUUUGGGAGUAUGGAGUUACGUUUUUGAUAAAUUUUGUACAUUUUUUGAUGAUGUCAGUGACUGGUGUGUAGAACGCCAUGAUGCUUUAGUACCUGUGCCAAUAAGAGGCAUCUACAAAGUCAUACAUAAAUUCAAUUCAUUUUCCAAGGGAUGUAUUAAGGGCAGUAUAGACACUGUUGCCAGUGUUGUAGUUAUAUUCGGGUUAAUCGUGUUUUUGAUUUGUGCUUCUAUAUUUACAGCUUUACAGAUUUAUGCAGAAGGUAUAAUGUUGGUACAAAUGACUAGCAAUGCGAUAAAUCAAACUGUAGUUCAAAAUCCGGAAUUGCGCAAAAUGCUGCCACCCACUUGGGAUAAUACUAUGGAUUCUAUAUUGGAUAAUACUUAUCAGUAUGGCAGGGAAGGGAUUUCGAAAUUUAUUAAAAGUAUAGUAAACGAUGCCGAUUCGAUUAAAUCUGAAAAAUUGGAAAAUCAACUCUUGGAAGUUUGGGAUAGGCUCUAUCAAUCCUGGAUGACGUCCAAUCAAAGUUUAGGCCCUAAAGUGACCGAAGAGGCCGUCAAAACUUCCUGGGAAGCGUUCAUUACUGAUAUACAGAAAUCCCCAGAAAUUUUCAAUAUCAAUGGACUGGUCGAAUUUGCCAAACAAAAUGUAGGAAUGCUCAUGUCGGUAUCAGAAUCACUGUGGGGUCUUGUUAUUAGCAAUCUAAGUCUAGUUGUUGGAUCUCUGAGUACUUGCCUGUCGAUAGUAUUGGGAGGCGGUACGGCUGUGUUAAAUUUUAUUCUGAACUUGAUUGUAUUUCUAACUACACUCUUCUAUUUGCUAAACUCAAGCGGAGAUUACUACAAGCCGGUAGAAUUAAUGACGAAAUUCUCGCCAAGUGGGAAAAGAUUCGGUCAUGCUCUUGAAGCUGCUAUUAAUAGUGUAUUUUCCGCCUCGUUUAAAAUGGCAACCUUUUAUGGAAUGUGGACAUGGUUUAUACAUAAUUUGUUCAAUGUACAAAUUGUGUAUCUAUCUACAGCUUUUGCUACCAUUCUUGGUGCAGUACCAUUUCUAGGCACCUAUUGGGCAUGCGUGCCAGGAAUCUUAGACUUAUGGUUGUCUCAGGAUAGAUGGUUGGCUGCCAUUUUAUUUGCAGUCUUUCAGUUUGCACCCACCUACUUUGUCGAUACAACAAUUUAUAAGGAAAUCAAAGGUGGACAUCCGUACUUAACCGGCUUGGCAAUUGCAGGAGGAAUUUUCUGUUUGGGCGUUGAAGGUGCCAUAAUAGGUCCUUUACUUUUAUGCGGCCUGUAUGUGGCAAUAGACCUUUCUUCUAAUAUGUUCAAAGAGUCACCAACAGACGAGUCGUUAAACUUAGGACUGCAUUAGCUUUGAAAUCUUUGAUUUUGUGAUGUGAAUAAUAAUUGUCUAAGAUGACUAUUUUAUGUAAAAAUCUUUGCUUGUUUGAAACGGCCUAAUAUUUGCACAAAAAAUUAAUUUAAACUUGGCAUAAAAUUUUAGCGAUAUAGUAGAUUUUGGAAAAGUAGGUUACCAUAGAAAAUAAAGCAGUGAUAAGAACCAAAAAGUCUGAAAAUCGAUCUUAUACCUCAAUCGUUUAUUUUGUAUUUUUUAUAACAUACAGCUUAUUUAAAUUUCCCAUGAAAAAACAAAACUUUAUUGCACUUACGCUUUGCUCCUCAGAAAAAAGCAAAUUCUUUGAAAUAUAUAUUUACUUCUAUUAAAUGUUGAAAAUUGUUACUAAUGUUUGGACCCACUAUUUAUUUAUUUAGUUUUUUUAUACCAUAUUUUUAUGUACAUAUUUCGAGUGAAAAUAAAUAUCUCCUAAUUGUUUUACA